CAUAUAUCUACGCUCAAGUUCACUUGUAAACGUCCAUGUUUCUCAGAUACGUUUCUUUUGCCAUAAGAGUGAAGCGUGUAUCUGACGCUCUCGGAUAUUAAAAACGUCGCUUUAAUAUUUUCAUUUGGAAAUUAUCUGUUUAAAAUAAGAACACGUUCGUCUCUGGUUCGAAUAUUCAUUUCGCGAAACAUCGGCGUAACACUGUGAACGCUAGAUUCAAAAUUCUAUAGCGUCGUGUUUCUCGGUGUCUCGAACAAUGCGAAACGAUCCUGCAGGAAAAUAACUUGCCCGACGCGAAACCUCGAAUUACGAGAUUGCGGGAGACGGUGAAUAAAUGUGUCCUUUGAAAUCCCAGCCAUGCUUCCAGAACAGCGACAAAGAACAGUUUUCAUAGACGCGAAACGAACACAUAACGUUGCAUCGAUAAAAAUGCAGGCAGGGUUCCCGUGAAGGGUCCUUAUCUCUCUAAAACUCCGUGGAAAUUAUGAAUUUGAAUAUCAGCUACGAAGAAACAGCUACUUUGGACCGAUGUGCAAACGUUGAUUUCAAUAAAAUUGAAUUUCAAGAUGAAACGUUGCUAUGUAACCGUAUCAUCCGCGGUCACAGAGCCACUGUUAAAGCGGACAACCGCGGGGCGUGUGUUUAAAAUGAAUAAAACAUCCAAUUUCCGCGGAACUGAACUUCAUCGUCGAGUUAUACUGUACACGGUAUGGCUGAUAUAUUUGUCCAAUCGUAUCUGACGAACGGUAACCGUCGGUUUGUUCCCUUGGCUGCACAUCGAAACUCUGCUCUUCCACGCGUUCAGUGCGUAUCCAGCAUCUGAGCACACCAUGUGCUUCCUCUUGCUCGUUUAUCUCCUCUUAUCGGUCACCACUCAAGACGUUCGCGCGGAGGAAAUCGACUGCCAAGUUUAUAACCAUCUUUACGUUUGUCUGGCCAACGGCGUGUUAUACAGUGUCGCGUUCGAGGAUGUCAACGCGGUGCAGACGAUCGAGGACAUAGAACUACACCUGGAGGGUCUUGGGAUCAUCGACAUAGCCAAGGACGCUUUUCUCGAAGUCAGCAACUCGUCCGCCUUGUACAUUCGUGAUAACCAGUUGUCUACAAUUUUUAGACACUAUUUCGUUGGUUUGGACCAACUGACGUAUUUGGAUCUGAAGAAUAACAGUAUAGCCGAGAUAGAAGACGGUGCCUUUGCCAAAUUGCACAGUCUAGAAACGUUGCUGCUGGAUAACAAUAAUAUUACUGCGUUUCGACCUGGAAUGUGGAAGGGUCUCGCCGAUCUUCGUGAAUUGUAUGCCACAAAUAACAAUAUUGCCUUGAAGAGAAACAUAUUCAGAGGACUUCGACACCUGGAAACUUUGGCGUUGGAUUGUAACGGGAUCACGGAGGUACCUAUUGGAGCGUUUAAUGGACUGCCUCACAUCGAUCUCCUCUAUCUGUCGAGAAACAAAAUUUCGUCCCUGCAACCCGAGGUUUUUCGUGGUCUUGGUGAAAUCAACGAACUAGACCUGGGACGAAAUCGAUUGAAAAACGUGUCUGGAGGAAUUUUCCGACAUCUGAAAAACUUAAAUUCUCUGUGGCUCAACGGGAAUCAAAUUGUCAUGCUGAAGGGGGACGCUUUCGAUGGAUUGGAUAAUUUGUUACUUCUGUUCUUGAACAGCAACGAACUCCGUUUUGUGGACAUGUCCGCUUUCGUCAAGAUGAAGAACGUUACCACUGACCCAGGCUUCAAGAUUGCCGGGGCGACUAUUGAUAAUGUUUCCAAAGUGCAAGGACGAUUUCAGUGCAGCAACGUCGAAUAUCAGCUGCCCUACGAGUGCACAGAGAUCGAGUCUCAAGUUCAUUAAAAUACGGUUUACAGAGUGAACAGUGUUGCUUCGAUAUGGAAACGCGAAUCUGUAUUCGAAACGUCGUUUGACAAAUUUUUAGUUAUAUAGGAUAUGCUUGUUAACGAUGAUUUAUGUAAAGUAUUGGAAAAUAUACUAAUACAACGAAACAGAGA